CAAGUGCACGCCUCUCUCUCUUAGUAACACACACGCGGUUAUUGUGCUUCCACUGCGUUGUUGUGUUCAUACUGGAUUAACAAAAUCAAUGUCCAGAAUAGAUCGAGAUUUUUAUAAAGCGAUUAAAGUGGUGUUUAUCUUUCAGAAAAUUAUUCUUUUUUUUGGUUAAAAAAUAAACAAAUUAAAUUUGAACACAAAGCAUAACAACUUCGGAUCUAAAUCUUGAUCUAUUUAUAAACCUUAAAAAAGAGUCGAGUGUUCUUGUGGAUAUGAUUUUUUUCUUCAUUGUUUGUGUUAUUAGCGCGGCUAAGGUCAGCGGGCAGAUAAACGUGGCACAGAAUGAAAGGACGACUGCGACACGCAUUUUUUAAAGAAUGAAAGACUCGGAUCUAGAUCUAGAUCUAAUGUAGUCUUUGGAAAGUUGGAUGUACGAGAACAAGUAGUGGUGUUUCCACUUGUACGCCCCUGCGUCAACUAAGGCUGCCUGAUGGCCAGGGGUCGUGGGAGGGCUAGGUCUGUUGUGUUUCCCCCUAGACGUCGGGGCAGACCACGCAAAUAUCCCGCACCGACGAAGGAUGACUUCAACAUUUAUGAGAGUGUCAACAAGGUGAUAAUGCAGAAGACAAAGAACUUAUCACCUGACAGUAAUCAACCAAAACUGUAUGAAAGUUCCUCUAAGUUGCCUCCACUAAAAAUACCCAAAAAUAGAAUAGUCAGGUGUGAAGAGGAUGAUGAGGAUAAAACGCCAGAAUAUCCAUUGCCAGAAGACUCAACAUUUUUCUCAAAGUUUUUUCCACCUUCCGACAAGGAACAAAGAAAUGUUUUCUCUGAAAUGUCGACUCUAUCUCAAACUACUGCUGACUCAAACAUAGAAGAGAGAUCUCUUGGACUCCAAGAAAGUAAUGAUAACAACAUUCAUUCUGAGCGAGACUCAGACACCACAUCUCAACCUAAGAUUAAGAGAUUGCAAAUGAUUCCCAAACUACAAGUGAAAACUAUUUCUAUCCAUGGAUCAUUGCAAGAACUGGGCUGCAACAAUGAAACAGAGGAAAAACAAGAGGACAAAAUUCCCAGGCUGUCUCCUGUUGAACAAACAGAUCAUGUGGAUAUACUUAGUCAUUCACAGCCUCCCAAACUCAAAAGGAUUUGUGAAGAUAAAGUUUUAUUUCAAGACAGUAUCUCAUCUGCUGAUCUUCAAAAUAAUUUUUGCAAUGAGAUAGAAGAAAAUCAAAAUAAUCUAUUCAGGUCAUCUAGUAAGGCUAGCGAUGAUUCUGUAUCAAAUACUAAUAGUGACAGUAUUAGGAAAAAAGAAUCAAAUAAACAAUUUUCAUCAUAUGACUUGCCUUCAGUUUCUCAAGAAAAUAAUUUUCAUUUGAAAACAAGCUGUGUCAGAACCAAUACUUCAGCAUCUAAUGUCCAGCCAACAGAAGAUGAUAUAUCUAUGAGCCAAGAUAUGUGUAACUUUGAGUUAAUAUCAGAAGGAGAACUGUCUCCAGCACCAUUAUUGAUUGAUGAACAGAGUGUCUUAGAGAACAGUUUAACAAAAAGUUCAUGCCCUGAAAUAAAGGAACCAUCAGCAUUGGCACAAAACACUCUUCCAACCAGAAAUAGACUUAGUGAGGCACCAAUAGUUCAAUCAAUGUCAUCUGUUCCACAGUGUGAGCCUUUAGGCUUAACAUUUCAUCAACUGCCACCACCAACACAAAAUUCAGUUCAUGCUGGUUCUGUCAAUAGCUCUAAACAAUUAAAUGCUUGGAUGACUGGCUCUGAACAAGAUGACUUGAUGAAUACUGCAAACCUGAUAGAUGCUGCAAACUUGAUGCAGACAGAGGACAACUCAAUUACCGACAGCAUUUCCUUUCAUAAUAUGAACUUGAAUAAAGACAGUCAGUUGGAUGAAGCAGCCAGUUUACAACAUAUGUGCCCACAUGCUAUAACUCUAAAAAACAUUGACAAUAAAACUGCAAGUAGUGAAAUUGAUUCAACCUCAACUAAUGACCUAGCUUCUGUCUUGGAAAAUAGCAACCAAGAAGCUCUUAUCUGCAAUAACUUUCUGAAAACUCAGAGCCAUGGACUUCCUUCGAUGAAAAGGUUGGAUUCUCCUGGUAAUGAUGCACAUUGCUUAUGUACUCAGGAACACUCAGGAAGUCCAUUGACAAACAUGAACAAUAGAAUUGAUAAAGUGGAACAUGCUAAAAUGAGAGUCAGCCAAGAACCAGUUUUAAUGAUGGCUCAGCCUAAAAAACCAGGCAGACCAAGGAAGUCAUUGGAUAAAGAAACAUGCCAGAACACAGGAAAUAAAUCACAUUUAGAACAUCCUGUUGAAAGCACUCAUCAUGAAGCUUAUAGAGCUUCCCAGGAUGCUUUGGGUCAAACAUAUGUUAGAAGAAGGACUCAAAAGAAGAGAAAUCAGUUACUUUUUUAUAAUAAUGAUCCCAUUCGGACCAGAGAUGAGUCAUAUAGUCAUGUUUCUUCAUUUGACAAAGCUUCCAAUUCCAUUAAUGUCACUACCGGACCAGAAAAUUCCUAUUCAUACUCCAAUGAAACAGGAACAUGGCAUGAUGAAAGAAACAAAUCAGGCAUAUUUACUUCUUCAAAUGCACUUUAUGUAGGUCAAGAAAAUGUCUGUACUACAAAGGGUAGGAGUCACUUAAGAACAACAGAGGGUAAUUUAUUGAAAGUGAAGGAGGUCAAGCCUAAUUAUUCCAUAGCUUCUGCCUCUGUGCACCAAAACUCUGAAAGUGAUAGGUCAGAGAUGCCACCAUUAAUUCAGCAUGGCUAUGUGCAUAACCUACAACAGCAGCAGCCUUUCCCCAUUUAUAAUGGACACAAGCAGUUUGCCCAUCAAGAACCACCUCAUGCAAACACAUACAACCUAAGCCAGGUGUAUCCAGUAUCUACUUAUGGAAUGCUUGGUGCCAGACCAAUGCCAGCUGUCCAGUCCUCUUCAGGUCAUUGUCCACAAUCUGAGGCUCAAAUAAACUAUCCAUCAGAAACUCAAGCCUAUUUACACAAUGACCAAAUAUCACAUCAUUGGCCUCAAACAGGAAAUGCUAAUCAUUAUGUGAAUGUUGUUAACAAGCCCUGGUCUGCUUUUGACACCAGUCUACAGAACUCAUCCAUAAAUUCUCAGAGGCAGCCAUAUGUUUCAUUACAUGGAAGGAAUGAUUACUUGCAUUCAGACAGGCUAAUACCUAGACCCAUUCAGUAUCAUAACCAAAUUGUUAGGCCUGAAAGUAUUUACCAUCAUAAUAGGAAUGUGGUCAGUGCUUCUAAAGCAUCAGCAUUCAGUAUUCCAAAUUUAAUGCCAACUACAGCGCUUUCUGUACACAAUGUUAUGCCAACUACAGUAACUUCUGUAUCUUCUCAUAGAUCAGGGGAUCGAAAUUGCAUGCCAUCAGCUGAUCGAACCUCCAUGUCAUCACAAUGUCAGGAACCUCAAAAUAAUGUCAUUGGCCACCAUAAUGCCAAACAAAGGCAACUACACAAAAUAGCAUCAAACCCCACAGAUAAAGAAACAGUAUACCCAACAUGGGUACGUGUUCCUGAUAUGAGCAGUGGUAACAAAGAAAUUCAACCUACAAAUAUACCAUAUUCUGAACAUGCAAAGGGGCACACCUCAAUCCCAUUGGCUCCUCCAAAAGGUGUGUUAAAUGAUGGAGUAGUUUCAAAAUCAGUAAAUAGGCUUGAUCUUAGCCAAAAAAACAGUAUGCAUGACAUGGUCAUGGUUUCCAACAAAAGGAAGCCUGAGCCAGAACAUAAAACAUUGAGAAGUUGUGAUGAGCCUCUUGAUCUGUCUGUAAGCUCCAAAGAUUGCAGUCAGGAUACACUGAGAACAAACUCUUUAGAGACUUACAAUGAAAAUUUAAUGUCAGUUAUAACAAAUAAUAGUAGACUAGGUGAAACAAGUGUGAAUGAAAAAACUUUGAGAAAUUAUAGUUUGUGUGACUUAGAAAUUUCCUCUAAAGUUAGAGAUAAAGCUGCUGAAAAAAUUGGAAAUUUGUUCAAAGAAUCAAGUUCAUCAGAGCAACAAAUUACUGAACAUCCUAUACAGCUAGAGAUUAAUUCUUGUGUGCGGGAUUUUUCCGUGUCUAGAGCUUCCGUAAGUGACAUUUCAUGUAGAGAGUCUUCUGUUUCUGACUCUUCCAGUAUCAGUUCUAAUUUAUUAGUAGUGGCACCUUCCCCAGAUAUUGCUUUGCUGUCUCCAUCAGGAUGGGGACAAGCCCCAAGAGUUUCUCGUAGCUCCAGCAGAACCUCCAUUGACUCUGUUGAAGUCACUCCACCCAGAAAAAUUGGAUUACCUUUAGAACAUUUUUUAAAUAGCACUCCCAGUAAAACGACUUACUCAUCUAUGAUGAUGGCUCACAUAACUUCUAAAGCAAAAAAACUAGGGGUGGCUGCACGCACUAACAUAGACAAUUAUGAGAACCACUUAAUGUUGAGUAACAGUAUCAAUCAAUCUGUUAUAGAUUUGACUGAAGGUGGGGAAGAAGCUGAAGUUGUAAGUGUCAGCUCUUAUGAUAGUGGGGACGAAGAGUCCAGAAUUGCUUUCAUUGAGUCUGAAAGAAAUGUGUAUGGAGCCUCAGGGCCAUCCCAUUCUAUUAAUGAAUCCUUUCAGUCCAGAACAUUGCAGGACAACAUAGACUGGGAAAGCAACCAACAUUUGAAUGCGGCAAGAUUCAACAGUCUUAAAGUCAACAGGGCUGUGAAAGAAAACAUUGCAGUCAAAGUCAAGGAAGUUGUAUCUUUGCUUUCAUCCUCUAAUGUAAACAGUGCAGCUAAGGGUGUAGGAACAAGUCCUCUAUCCAAUUGUGAUACUUUAUUGCCCCGUGGCCUCAGCUCAGUCAACCUAACUACAGAGUCUAGUACUGAACAGGCAGCGGCAACUCUCUUGUUGCUCUCCAGUAACCCACUUUAUCAUAAUGUCAUCAUUAUUCCUGAGACAUCAGACGACUAUCAUGAGAAAGUUUAUCAAAUUCAGCCUAUGCUUGGAGAAGAUAGGUCAGUGCAGGAAGCACAGAAAGGUAGAGGGCACAAUGGGGCUACAAGACCAGCCACAAAGACUGGUAGGAGAGUGGGGCGGCCACCCAAAGAUGAAGUUUGGCCACUGAGAAAUGAAGAAAGACCUGACCAACAUGGGACCUCAAACAACAUGACCAAUGUUUUUCAUGAAACUUUUGACCAUUCAGAUGCCCAGUCUCCUAAUGCUGGGACCAUGAGCCAUCAAUAUAUUUCUGUCAAUGGACAUAACUUCUCUGAUAGGUUUUAUCAUCAGCCGCCACAUUUUCAUCCCAUGAAUCCACUGCCUACAGCGACUAGUUUUCAGCAGCCCCUUUCAUCUGUUGAGAAGAAAAUUGACCCAAAGGUUGCCCCAUUGAUGAAAUUUCGACUGAAUAAAAAAACUAAGGCUACAUCAGAAAUGGCAAAGAAGACUUCUGAACUACAGCCUGAUCAACUUGUGGUGCCAUUAGAAAAUAAGUCAUCUGCUGUGCUGGAGCAAACAUCACCUCGGGCUAAUAUCAUACAAGAUGGAAUAUUUAAAAAGAAGAGAAAACGAAGAACCAAAAAAGAAAUGAUGGAAGCUGCUCUUAUGCUUAGCCAGAAUCCUCAUAAAAAGAUAAGACACAAGUACCAACCAAGACAAAAAAGAAAAUAUCCUAUUUCUCAACAAAAUAUUGAUCCAUUUGAUCCUUUAGAAAAAGACAUUGUUGAGUCUUCCUAUGAGACUAGAUGUAUGGCAAAGGAAAUAGCUUUGACCAGUUACAUCAGCCCUCCUGCUACUCCUGAACUGUCUAAAAAUUCAAUGAUUCCAAACUAUAUCAACCAAAACUAUACCAACCAAGUAUCGAUGCAGCCAUCACUGCAUAAAAACAGUUUUAUUUUGGACACUGUCAGGCAGGCUCCAAAGAGGCAGAGCAAUGGUGAAGAGCUUAUGAAUAUUGAACAGUUCAGCCAGCAGAAUGUGGUUACUGAAGCACACAAUGAAGAUGGACUAGUGGUCAUCUCGCUGCAGCCAGCACAUCUAGACCACCAGUUGGAACAAGGGCUGAUAUCCCCCUCCAGACUGAAUAGUAUUCCCACAGAUUUAUCUCAAGUCACUCCCCAUCAAAAUAAAACAGACUCAAGAGAAGAGGUCAUAGAUUGGCUCACAAAAAAUAGAAAAAUGUAGUUCAUGACUAAGCAGGAAUUCUUAUACAAAUUUGGUGCUGGCUCUAAUCCAAUUAAGAAUCAAAUUUUUGUACUUUUUUAUUGUUACUAUUUUUUUUGUAUAUUUUUAGCUAAUAUCAAUUGAUGUCAAUGUAAACUGUAAAAUACAAAUCUCCAGUGGUCUUCUAUCUCUUCAAAAAAUAAAUACAAUCACCAUUAACUAGUUUGUAUUCACUCAGUAUCAGAAUAUAGUCAGUGUGGGUUAAAAUCCCAUAGAAAUCUGGGAUGUUUACUCUAUUAGAACCUAGACUAAAAGAAAUGGAAAUUUUACUAGGCUGUCAGCCUAACUGAUACUAAGUGGGAAGCUAAGUUUAGGAAAUAUAUGUUGUGAUUGUAAUGGCAACACAAUUUUUGUUCACUUUCACUAUCAGGUAGAUGCUUAAAACUUUUUUUUUUUGGAUUACCUGGUCUUUCAAAAGAAGAUCAAAGAUAACAAAACAACUGAUUUGUAUUUUAAACAAUAUUGAUAAAUAUAUGAAAAUAUAUGCAAUUCUUUCAACCCUAUUGUUAUUCCUGUUAGCUGUAUUAUCAAAAUCUCACAGAUUCUUGGAUGAAUAAAUGAUGUGACUUUUUGUUACUUUCACACUUUGAACUGUUUACUAAAGACAAUGUCUGUACUGCUGCAUAAAUAAGGAUCAAAUAAUAGAAAGAGAACAUUCAGGGAUGAAACCAAUAAGAGGACACAGAUUCAAAAGAAACCAUUGAAAAAAGUUUUUUCUGUGUAAAAUUUUAGAACAAAAUUAUUUAAAAUGUUUCCCUAAGAAUGCCAUCUUUCUUGAAGCAGAAUCAUUUGCCUUUGUCUUGGAAAUACAAAGAUAAAACCAUGGCCUUUGGUAAGCUUCUUUUUAAAAUUUCUGAUUAUUUUUACCCUAGCAACAGACAACUUUGUACAUUUCAACUCCUGGCAGUCUUUGUGAACCAAGUUGAUGUUCUUUGGGGACAAACUGGGCACAUUUUUCUUUGGUUCUGCUGGUGAUUUGAUGUAUACGUGUACAAACCAAACAUAUUUGGACUGUUUCAAUUUGGGCAUUUUAUUAUUAUUAUUAUUUUUUUUACAAAAAUAUGAUUCUUUUGAGCCUUCAGCACCAGUAUAUUAACAAUGAUUGGCAUCAAAAUGUUUUUUUUCCUUACUGCUAAUACCUGGCAGCACUAUGUCUUUGAUUACUGCUGUUUGUAUUUUAUUUAACAAUGCCAUGCUUGUAAAGGCAUCAUUUUGUGGUGUAUGUUUAUACAUAUCAAACUGUUUAUAUAAACAUCUUUGUACAAAACACAAAGUUAAGAAAAACUUUUUAAAUGUACUAAUA